GAGUUCAUUAUUAUGACUUGUUUACAUGUUGGAAAUAAAUCACUGCACUGGCUUUGGAAUCACACAGGCGACGUCACGCAUGGUUUAGCCAAUCAGCAGCGCGGAGUAUCGCUCACCUGUCCUCGUAAACAGGUAACAAACAUCGAGACAACAUUCCUGCGCGCGACAGCUUUUCACUAUCACAAACAUACUUUGCCUCGUGUGUAUUUAGAUGCCUUUCAGACUUGUUUUGUGUUAUAUUAUGUUUGUUUAUGAGCUGACGUGUAGCGACUGAAAGAUUUUAUAGUCGAGCCAGGCUAUAAACACAUCGAAAUGGACUACUUCAUUCAUAUUAUUGCUUUAUCUAUAUAAAAUUUAAUAUUUGAAACGUUUUGGGGAGCAAAUAGGAAAGAAGAAAACAAGCGAACGAACGAAUAAGGAUUCCUGUCAGACUUUGGACAAGCCUAAGUGAAGGGAGCAUCAUCUCUUCAGCGCUCCUUUCGCCAUGGAUAUUUAACUAUCACCUGAGCCUGACGGAUUGACUUCACAUUAAUAAUAUCCUGAUGAAAAUUAUGAAGAUGAAAUCUGCUGCGCUCCAGAUGCUCGCGGUGUGCCUCGCGCUCCGUUCACCAGCGCGCGCUCAGACGCAGGAAGGGAAACCUGAAGUUGGAGUGUGUACAGGCACUCAGAAUUUGCUGAGUGUGACAGGAACCUCUGAGGUCCAAUACAAACUCAUGAAGGAAAUGUACACAGGUUGCCAGAUUGUCAUAGGAAACCUGGAGAUCACACAGAUGGAGCACAACCGCGAUUUCUCAUUUCUACAGUCUAUCCGUGAGGUAACCGGCUACAUCCUCAUCGCCAUAAACCAGUUCAGACGUUUGCCGCUGGAGCAGCUGCGGGUCAUCCGGGGGACGUCUCUGUAUGAAGAUAAAUUCGCCCUUGCUGUCCUCGUCAACUAUCAGAAAGACGGAGUGCAUGGACUGAAGGAGCUGGGCCUCACACACUUGACAGAGAUCCUGGAGGGUGGCGUACAGAUCAUCCAGAAUAAAUUCCUGAGCUACGCACCACAGAUUAACUGGCAAGACAUUGUGAAAAACAGUGGAGCAGAAGUCAUCAUACAAGACAAUGGACCAGAAGUUCCCUGUCAUGAGUCUUGCGGGGGUCCAUGUUGGGGUCCAGGAAAUGACACCUGUCAAAUCUUGACUAAAACAGUGUGCGCAUUACAAUGUAACGUGCGCUGUUUUGGACGCAGCCCGAGUGAGUGUUGCCAUAAUGAGUGUGCCGGCGGCUGCACCGGACCCCUCGACACCGACUGCUUUGCCUGCAGAAACUUCAACAACUCGGGCUCGUGUGUAUCGCAGUGUCCACGGGCUGAUAUUUACAACAAAGUGACAUUCAAAAUGGAGCCCAAUCCUAACGCCAAAUACCAGUUUGGCUCCAUGUGUGUGUCACAUUGCCCUCCUAACUUUGUUGUAGAUGGCAGUUCGUGUGUGAGCAGCUGUCCAGCAGACAAAAUGGAGGUGGAUAAAACAGGGGUGAAAAGGUGUGAGAAAUGUGAAGGCCUUUGUCCUAAAGCCUGUGUUGGCACUGGCACCGCUUCCAGACAGACAGUGGAUUCACAGAACAUCGACAGCUUCAUAAACUGCACCAAGAUUCAGGGCAGUCUGCACUUCCUUGUCACAGGAAUUAAAGGAGACAGUUAUAAUAACAUCAGUGCUCUGGAUCCAAAGAAACUCAAGAUCUUUAACACUGUCCGAGAGAUUACAGACAUUCUGAGUAUUCAAUCUUGGCCUGAAGAGCUGGAGGAUCUUUCUGUUUUCUCCAAUCUAGCAACAAUACAGGGAAGAACGCUGUAUAGAGGAGUGAGCUCUAAGAGGGGUUAUUCUCUUUUGGUGAUGAAGAUCCCAACGCUGAAGUCUCUGGGCCUUCGCUCUCUGAAGCGGAUCAGUGAUGGAGGGAUCUACAUCACAGGAAACACACAGCUCUGUUAUCAUCACACUGUGAACUGGACGCGUUUGUUCGGCAGCGGUCCACGGGCCCUGCGCCGCCAGAAAUCACUGGACAUUAAGGAGAAUCGCCCUCAGGAGCAAUGCAAGUUAGAAGGCCAUGUGUGUGAUCCUCUGUGCUCCUCUGAGGGCUGCUGGGGUCCGGGACCCGAUCAGUGUUUGUCCUGCAAGAACUUCAGAAGAGGGGGAACAUGUGUACCAGACUGCAACUUCAUGUCCGGUGAACAGCGUGAGUUUGCGGGCCCUAAAAACGAGUGUAUGGCUUGUCAUCAGGAGUGUGCGCUUCAGGACAGCGGAGACACCUGCAAAGGACCGGGCUCUGAUGAGUGUAAGGCGUGUGCUCAUCUGCAGGACGGCCCGUACUGUGUGUCCUCCUGUCCAGAGGGAGUUCAGGGGGAAAACGGACUCAUCAUUUAUAAGUUCCCCAAUAGACAAAACAAAUGCCAACCUUGCCAUGCCAACUGCACAUUGGGGUGUUUGGGUCCGGGUCAGAAUGACUGUGUGGACUCGUCCAGGUCCAGCGCUGGGCUGCCGGUGACCGCCAUAGUGCUGAGCGUCAUAUUCUGUGUCCUGCUCGCGUUUUCGGUGUUUGUGCUGAGCGUGCUUUACCGCAGGAGUCUCUCCAUCCGCAGAAAACGAGCCAUGAGGAGAUACUUGCAAAGCGGAGAGAGCUUUGAACCGCUGGAACCCGGAGAGAAAGGUGUGAAGGUUCAUGCUCGGAUUCUGAGAGCCUCUGAACUGAAGAAGAUCAAGCUUCUGGGCUCUGGAGUGUUCGGCACGGUUCACAAGGGCAUCUGGAUACCAGAGGGAGACACGGUGAAGAUUCCAGUGGCCAUCAAGACCAUUCAGGACCGCACGGGACGACAGACCUUUCAGGAAAUUACUGAUCACAUGUUGGCAAUGGGGAGUCUGGAUCACGCGUAUAUUGUGCGCAUCCUGGGCAUCUGUCCGGGUGCGAGUCUGCAGCUGGUCACUCAGCUCAGUCCACAGGGCUCUUUACUGGAGCACAUCCGCCAGCGCAGAGACAACCUGAACCCGCAGAGACUGCUCAACUGGUGUGUGCAGAUCGCCAAGGGCAUGUACUAUCUGGAGGAGCAGAGGAUGGUGCACAGAAACCUGGCGGCCCGAAACAUCCUGCUCAAGAGUGAUUUAAUCGUUCAGAUAGCUGAUUACGGCAUUGCAGACCUGCUCUAUCCUGAUGACAAGAAAUACUUCUUCAAUGAAAUUAAGACUCCAAUUAAGUGGAUGGCCCUCGAGAGCAUCUUGUUCCGCAGAUACACACAUCAGAGUGACGUAUGGAGCUACGGUGUGACGGUCUGGGAAAUGAUGUCAUACGGGGCGGAGCCUUACUCUGCAAUGAGACCACAGGAUGUUCCUGAUCUGUUAGAGAAAGGCGAACGACUCUCUCAGCCACAGAUCUGCACCAUCGAUGUCUACAUGGUCAUGGUUAAAUGCUGGAUGAUUGAUGAAAAUGUACGUCCAACUUUUAAAGAACUGGCCAAUGAAUUCACCCGAAUGGCCAGAGAUCCGCACCGGUACCUGGUCAUCAAAGAGGAAGACAGAGCUCCAGACUCAGCCUCAGAUGAGACUCAUCAGAGAGGGACUGAAAUGGACAUUCUCGGAGUGGCGCUGGAGGACCAGGAUGAUGAAGUCUUGGAUGAUGCCAUAGAUACUCCACGCUAUGUAACACCAUCUAGAAGCUUCUCUAGACUGCGUAUAGAUUCCCAUCGGUCAAGUCUGACUCCAUCAACUACUGCUGGAUACCUACCAAUGACCCCGGGUCUGGAGAGCUCUGUUCAGACUGGAUGGGCGUCUCGGUCCCGUCUCGACUCGGCCUGCACUGUUUCUGAGAGCUCGGAGGGACGAGGAGCGCUGGAACCGGAAAUGAAUGAGGACUUCUCAUCUGUUGGCAGCAUGAGGAGGGUCAGACAUCGUGAAGACAGUGCUUACAUGUCACAGCGGGACAGUCUAUCAGGACCACCAGAAACAACCUCCACAGGAACUCAAGGAGAAGAGGACCAGAAUGAAUACGUGCUGCCUGGAUUCGGUGAAAGCCCAGAGAAAGAAACUCUUCUAUUCACAUCAUCACGUUCGACGCUUUCUCAAAAGAGACUCUCGAGAGGUCAUUCUGGAGACUUUCUGGAAGCCCACAGCGGUGCCGGUGAAGAAUACGAGUACAUGAACAACCAGACGCUCUCUCUCAGCCACAUACCAGGGCAGCUGAAAGAGUACAAUCAGCGAGGGCCACGAAACCGCAGCGCCUCCUUCAACCCUGGCGGGAUGUACAGCAACCACAAACCCAGCAGACCCAGUAAGAGGUCAUCGAUCGAGGGCUCGGAAAGCAGCGGAGGACUCUCUCAAUCCUCAACCGACCAGAGGAGUCACAGCGAUGGAGAUUUCCUCUCCAGUGAAGCAGAAUACACAGAUGGGGAUCUGGAGGUGGAGUACGAGUACAUGGACAUUCGCGGUGCUGGAGGACCAGCGACAAACAUGCGGCUUAAACUUCAUCUCCCGAGACCUGUUUCCAAUCCUCCACUCAGAAGACCACCAGAAGAUGAUGAUGAAGAUGAAGAUUAUCAGUACAGCAACCGUCAGCCCCGGUUGAGAAACUCGCUGAGGGUGCCGGGCGGUGGAGGGGAAGCGUAUGAAUAUGAGGAUAUGGACUCAUUGGCUGCAGGCGGAGCUUCGGGAGCUGAGUAUCAGAAUCUGGAUGGAGAAGAUGAGGAGAGGGAUGAAGAUUGGUCUGGAGGACCUCGUAGCCCGGGACCAUAUGUACAGGUGCAUGCUGGGACCAGUCAUAAUGCUUUUGAUAACCCUGAUUAUUGGCACAGCAGAUCAUUUCAUAAAACGAAAGCUGUCCGCACGUAGAAACCAAAAACAGCUUGAAGGAACUUGAAUCAAAUGAUCAAAUGUUCAGGGUGGCUUUCAGAAACGCACUACUUACUGCUCUGAGUCCAGGAAAAAAACUGAUGCGAUGUAUUUCCAUGUAAAUUGUAUUGUUAAUGUAAAAAGCGAGGCAUUAAAUGGUUAAAAGUAGUGCUGUUGAAGUCAACAGUGUGAAAUCAAAAUGGACAAUGUUUAUUUUGCUAGCGCAUAUUGUUAUUUCAGCCUGAUCUCACGAGGAAACGUAACUGUUUUACAUUUUGUCAGUUUUGUUGUACGAAAAUGUACGAUUUUAAAAAGGAGGCGUGGCACCAAACCCCACUCCUAAACACACUCGUCAUUGGAGGAUAAGCAAAUCAUACUAAAUUGUACCUAUAAGAUUGUACGAAUUCAUAUGAAUUAGCUACUAAGUUACGAAUUGCCGUGAGAUAGCAUUGGUUAUUCUUUUAAGUGUUCUUUAAGUUAAUCCGAAAAAAAUAUUUCGUUUUUGGUAAUCUUCAAUCAAAUUUCGACCAUUUGUUUCUGCAUUUGGAGUGACGGUGCUUCUGUUGAUGACAGUUCAACCACGCCCACAAUAUUCUUAACCACGCCCCUCUUGCAUUUUCUACAAGAGAAUGAUGGGCAAAAUGCAAGAGUCGCCACCUUUUCAAUAUUCCUUUUCAGUCAAAAGUACAUCAACGCAACUUCCGGCUCACGCAGACUUUAAACGAUUAAUCGUGACUAAUCGCAUACAAAAUAAAAGUUCGCGUUUAAAUAAUCCUUUAUGUGUGUUGUGUGUGUAAUUAUUAUGAAUAUAUAAAUACACACAUCUAUGCGUAUUUACAUGUGUAUAUAUAUAUAUAUAUAUAUAUAUAAAUAAUUUUAACUUAAAAUUAUAAAUAAUACUAAUAUAUAUGUAAAUAAGUAUAAACAUGCAUGUCUGUGCAUUUAUAUAGUCACACAAGGAUCUGGGACAACAGAGGGGAGGAUCCACAUGCAGUUUAUUAAGUAGAAUAGUCAGGCAGACAACAAUCAUAACGGUGGCAAACAGGAAAUCCAGAAUCGUAGUCAAAAGCAGGCGAAUGUUAAGAGCAGACGGCAGAGAAUCAAUAUAAAUCGUAAAACAAGGCAAAGAUAAAAAACGAGAAGGCAGGACGAGGAUAACGCUUAUGUGAUGCUGUAAACAAAAACAAGCGGUCACACUAGAGUUUGAGGAUGUAAAAUUAUGCCGUAUGUUGCUGCGAAAAGGGGCGGGAUUAAACAAAAUGAUUAAACAUUUAAAAAGUGAGCGAUUGGUCAAUAUUUUAAAUUUACGUCCAGAAAGGUCAUGUUUUGAUCUUCAAUUGGUCUUACGCAACCAAGUGAUGCGAUUUCGCAGGUCAAGGUUCACCAAGCUUGAACAUUCCAACAAAGCAAACUGCAAAACUUGUUGCAUGAGCUUGCGUUUCCAGUCUGCCGCAUUCGUGUGCAUACGAAUGGAAGUCUAUGGAGAAAUAAGUGCAGUGUGACCAUGGCUUAACAGUGCAUUACCGCCUCCUAUCUUUCAAACGGACCAUUGACACUAUACACACUAAAUUCCUGAUUAACCUACCUACCCACCCACACACAAUCACCCUUGGAUAAACCAGUUACCCGUUCAGAGACUGUUGAGUUUUAUUUAGUUCUACGUGUUCAGCUCCUCCAUCCACCCGCAGUACUCUUGGUGAGGCUCAGAAGCGAUGUAUACGUGCCGUGUUUAUAGUCCAUUUGAUUAGUCCUAAACAGCUUCAACUGUGUGUGUUUGCAAUCAAGGGUAAUCUGGACCAGGUGUGUGAGUGCAGCGCAUGAUGGGAUUUGUAGUGCAGUUGAAUGUGAGUUUUCUCCAGCAGCCUGCAAGAGCAACACUACUGGUGAUCAUAAUAUAUACAAAUAUACACAAUACACACACACACAUAGAUUAUGUAAAUACAACUUUUAUUUUGUACUUAAUUAGUCACGAUUAACUGUUAAACAGCACUAGUUAAAAUACCAGAGCAGCUUUGUUCUUGUUUAUAUGUGGUGGAGGUACCAGAAUGACCAGAUGCAUAGCCACACGUUGAAUGCACUGAUAUUUACAUAUGAAUGCGCGUGUAUGUACAGUAUGUGUGCGGUGGCUGUCAAUGUUCUGUCAGCGCCAAGUUUGUGUAACUCCUCAAGCCAUGUGUAUCUGUUUAGGGAUUUAAAAGUGAGUGUUGUUCCUAAAUAUGUUUUUUCAGUGUGUUCAUGAAGUGUCCUAUUUAGUCAACAGCUGUUAAUGCUACUCUAUAUUAUAUAUCACCAUGCGUCUGUUCUUCAAGAACAAAUGUAAUGUUUGAAAAUUGGCAGAUCUGUUGUAUACAUACAGUUGAAGUCUGUUAUUAGUAAUUAUUAGCCCCCCUUUGAAUUUUUUUUCUUUUUUAAAUAUUUCCCAAAUAAUGUUUAACAGAGCAAGGAAAUUUUCACAGUAUGUCUGAUAAUAUUUUUUCUUCUGGAGAAAGUCUUAUUUGUUUUAUUUCCGCUAGAAUAAAAGCAGUUUUUAAAUUACUUACAUCGAUUUUAAGGUCAAAAUUAUUAGCCCCUUUAAGUCUACAAAACAAACCAUCGUUAUAUAAUAACUUGCCUAAUUACCCUAACCUGCCUAGUUAACCUAGUUAAGCCUUUAAAUGUCACUUUAAGCUGUAUAGAAGUGUCUUGAAAAAUAUCUAGUCAAAUAUUAUUUCAUCAUGACAAAGAUAAAAUAAACCAGUUAUUAGAAAUGAAUUAUUAAAACUAUUAUGUUUAGAAAUUAAACAGAAAUUGGGUUAAAAAUAAACAGGGGGGCUGAUAAUUCAGGGGGGCUAAUAAUUCUGACUUCAACUGAAUAUCGAAUUCAUAGAGUUAUUAUUUGAUGAUGCCAGUUGAACAGCAUAUUCAUUGAGUUGGGUUGAUUUUUUUGCUUUGAGAGGUGUUGUCUGUGCCUUCUGAACAAAUCCUAAUGAAGUACUUGUGUAACGUUUUAAAUGUAAUGGCCAGUAAACAAGCUUUUACGACAGAACUAUAGUUUUGUACACACAUAUCAGACUAAAGUAUUUUCUAAUCUUUGUCAUUGAUUUUUUAUUCACUGUUUGAUAACUACUUGUAUCUUACACUUUUAAUUAAAGGUUUGUAUAUAAA